ACGAACAGCUCCGAUCUGAACUCUGUUUCCACUCGCGUGUACAAGAGGAGAUGGAUCAUCGUGUUUCUCUUCAGCUCAUAUUCACUCUGCAACGCGUUCCAGUGGAUCCAGUAUGGAAGCAUCAACAACAUCUUCAUGAAGUUUUACGACGUCACUUCAUUCACCAUCGACUGGCUCUCCAUGAUCUUCAUGUUAACUUACAUUCCCUUCAUCUUUCCAGUGACAUGGCUGUUGGAGAGGAAAGGCUUGCGCGUGGUCGCGCUGCUGGCCGCCUCAAUCAAUUGCGCGGGCACGUGGAUCAAAGUGACCAGCGUUCAGCCCGGUCUCUUCUGGGUCACAAUGCUUGGACAGUUCGCCUCGGCGUUCGCGCAGGUGUUCAUCCUGGGAAUGCCGUCUCACAUCGCGUCUGUGUGGUUCGGCUCGGACGAGGUAUCCACCGCCUGCGCCAUUGGUGUUUUUGGAAACCAGCUUGGCAUUGCCAUUGGCUUUCUAUUGCCGCCGGUUCUGGUGCCGAAUGUAGAUGACAUGAAUGAGCUGUCACAUCACAUCAGAAUCAUGUUUUACAUCACUGCUACUGUGGCCACCGUCAUCUUUCUGCUGGUCGUGUUUGUGUUUCAGGAUAAACCUGAAGUUCCUCCAUCACAGUCUCAGGCAUCGCUCAGACUCACACCCGUGGGUCAGACCUCAUAUCUGGAGUCGAUCAAGAGACUGAUGUCUAACAGAGCCUUCAUCAUUCUCCUCAUCAGCUAUGGACUGAAUGUUGGCUGUUUUUACUCAGUUUCCACCUUGUUGAAUCGGAUGAUAAUGGAGCAUUACCCUGGUGAAGAGGUGAAUGCUGGGAGAAUUGGAUUGACUCUUGUCAUCGCUGGUAUGGUCGGAUCUCUCAUCUCUGGAAUCUGGUUAGACAAGACCAAGACUUACAAACAGACGACGCUUGCGGUUUAUAUCCUCUCUUUUGUGGGGAUGGUCGUCUACUCUUUCACCCUGAACUUAGGUUUUCUGUGGGUUGUGUUCCUCACAUCAGGAGCUCUGGGGUUCUUCAUGACGGGUUAUCUGCCAUUAGGAUUUGAGUUUGCCGUUGAGCUGACGUAUCCAGAAUCUGAGGGAACAUCAUCAGGAUUACUCAACUGUUCAGCACAGAUAUUUGGAAUCAUGUUUACCAUCAUUCAAGGCAAAAUCAUUGAUAACUUCGGCACAUUAGCCGGAAACAUCUUCCUCUGUGUCUUCCUCUUCAUCGGCUCAAUCCUGACAGCGUUUAUAAAAUCUGACCUGCGGAGACUGAAGGCCAACCAUCAAUCUCAGACUGAAACAAACCCUGAAUCAAAUGCACAUGUUGAAGAUGGAGGAGGAUCAGUCGUGAAGGAGGUGAAGAUGUGAAGUGUGACACAGGCUUCACAGAUAAAGACGUUCAGUUCAGAGACUUUGUGUUCCUGUAGAUUAAUACUGUAGGUAGAGAUUUGUGUUAGCAGCACAAAAGGUCAUGGGUUCGAUCCCAGGGAACACACAUACUGAUAAUGUAUUUCUAGUAAUGCACUGUAAGUCGCUUUGGAUAAAAGCAUCUGCCAAAACGCACAAUUGUGAUUGAAACGCUUAUGGUGUGAAAUUGUCCACCAGAACCCACAGCAUGUAAUUCAGAAAACCUUUACACCAGUGGUUCUCAAACGUUUUGUGCGGCUCCCCUCGUGUACGGUGCAUCAGAAUUCAUGAUAAAUUAAUGUAUUUUAUCAAACAUCUCGGUUUGAGAACCACUGCUUUACACAACCAGAUCACUGACUGAAAAUGUAUGUGAGAGGUCAAUGUGUGUAUUAAGGUCUUGUCCUUUUAUUUAUUUACAUUAGAUAUUUUAUCCAGAGCGGUAUAAAGCCAUACCGAAGACUGAAGUAAAUAUUUUAUUCAGUGAUAUUUCUUGCUGAACUGGAUUAUUUUUUUUAAAUGAUUAUGUCUUAACCAGACAGUAAAUGAUUUGCAUUGUAAUUUUUACCAAUGAACACAGACCUUUGUUAUUGAACUUGUUAUUUUGUAAUUGAAGAUUAAGUACAUCAAUGAAAAAAACUUUUUCCCAGUCUUUCAGAGUUAUUUUCUGUAUGUUAAUAGUUUGAAUGAGUUUCUUUCCCAAACUAAAUGAUCCAAACCUAUUUAUUAACCUAUCAGAAGUCAUUAUUUUUUCAAAUGUAAGACAGCCAGUGUCAUCCAGUAGCAGACAGAGAUCUGAUCAGUCUGUGAGGAUUAUAAAGUGAUGCUGGCCAUUACAGUAUUGUUAUGGAAGGUCAAUAUCCUCUAAAACAGACAUCUUAACAUUUUGAAAAGAUUCAGUGGCAGUUCUGACUGGAAGACUCAUUUGUAAUCAUUACAUUUUUUAUUUGUUAGUUUCUUUCAUGCAAUUAUAUUGCAUUAUAUACUUUAAAAGUACUUUUGAUUUAUUUAUUGCAUCUGUAUGCCAGCACAAUCAGGUCCACUCUGUAAAAAAAGUUUGCCUUAGUUAGAACCCAAAGUGAUUAUAUUGGUUUAAAGACUUUGUAAGAGUGGCUGAUUAAACGACUAAACUGCUUUUUUAUUUUGUCUUAUCAUAUGACUAAUAACAUAUAUGACACAUUCUGUAAACUGGCAUAGGUUAUAAAAUUGUUUCUUAUUCAUCGUGUUUUGUAAUUAACUAACAUUUUAACAUGCUAAACAUGACUUGGUCUACUAGUCUAAAAUGUUAGUAGCUGUUUACCUGGCAGUUUGGCAUAUACACUUAGAUAGACUGGACAGAACUGAAUAUUUGUGAUAUCAGUGUUUGCCUUCAUCAUCUAUCAUCAUCAUCAUCACCACCACU